AUGGGUUCUGCUGCCGAACUUCUGGCCUGUGAGCAAGAAGCCUGGAAGGCUCUCUGUACUUCGGGCCCCACCCUCCUUCCCAUGCUUGCCGAUGAUGUUAUAAUGCUCUUCCCUGGAGGCAUGCUGCUUACAAACGAAUCGAACCCGACUCUGAAAUCAACUUUGACUAGCGAGAUGUUUACGCCCUGGAAGAAAUACAUCAUUGAAGAUAGCCACGUUCGACUUCUUGAUUGCCACGGUGCCAGUGGGGUCAUUUGUUAUAAGGUCACGGCAGAGAAGGAGCUUGAACAGAAGGAACGCAGUGAAGCAAGAGAAACUGUUGUUUUUAAUGCACUGUGUUCCAGUACCUGGCGGAAAACAGAAGAGGGGGCUUGGAAAAUGGUAUCCCAUCAGCAGACACCUUGUUAA